AUGGGCCGAAAAGCAUGGAACGAUGCCAUGCGAUCCGCGGCUGGCGUAAAUGCCUUGCCCGCCGAGUUGAAACCACGCACCAACAAACGUCGCUCCGAUCGUCGCAAGAAGCAAGACCGUCGGGAAAAGGCGCGGAAAACCAACGUGGUCGGCAAUAAGGAAUUGCUGGCUGCGGCUUGGAUGGACGCUUUGGAAGAUAUUGCUCCAUCGGGUCCUGCGGCAGAAGACGACGAUUCUUACGAUGAAUUAGACGAAUUGGGAGAUGACAAGAAGAAACGCGGCAAACGCAAACGAACGACCACGACAAAGAAGACCAAGGGGGCGGGCGUCUUGCCCAAGCGUUUCAAACCACGAUCACUGGCUAGCUUGCUGUUGGAAGAUAUGAAUCGAGAGGAUGGAGCUUCCCAAGAUUGGUUGAACAGUGAAGCUCGGAACACUUCUGGCAAAAAACCGAUUGUCCGCAAAAUGUGUCCCGUCACUGGACUCUAUGGCAUCUAUACGGAACCAAAGAGUAGAAUACCCUUUGCCAAUUUGAAAGCUUUGGAACAAAUUAGAGAAAGACCACCGCCGUGGAUGAACUUGAGUGGCAAUUUAGCCUAUCAUGAAGCUGCUGCCAGUAUUCGGGGUGAAGAGAGUUGA